UUUUUUUUUCUUUUUUAAUGUAUCUAGCGUGACCAUGUUCAUAUCAUUGAUAAGAUCUCGUAUAUCACAUAGUCCAUCUGGUGGUUUCUUCACGUUGUGUUCAUCACGUGUGCUACAACAACGACCUACUGUGAACAGUUCUCGAUAUAUCGGAUCAAGUCAUUGUGAGGAAAAGACAAAAAAGACAAGCUGCUGUCAUGGGGAUAAGAAACAACAAGAUAUGACAAUUUUUUCAAAGACUUUUUGGAUGGAUUCUAUUAGUUGGAAAAGAACGAGGGUGAAUACAUUAAGAUGUCUUAUAGGAUGUACGACAGGUGAUUUUGCCACAAUGUGGUACCUUCAAUAUUAUUAUCCCACCAUAUCGCCCAUGAUUUCUAUGACUGCUGCUGUGGCUGCUGGGUUGACAACUUCACUUGCAUUGGAAACAGUUUUAUUGAAAAGAACAAUACCUGGCAUUGGAUACAUGAGUGCAUUCAAGACAGCGAUGGAAAUGUCAUUUGCUUCUAUGAUUGCUAUGGAAAUGGCCGAGAAUAUAGUGGAUUGGCAUUUGAUGGGUGGACAAGUUAUAUUUGAUGAUCCUAAAUUCUGGAUGGCGGCUUUAAUUAGUACUGGAGCAGGCUAUUUGGUACCAUUACCUUAUAACUAUUGGCGUUUGAAGGCUUUGGGAAAGGCAUGUCAUUGACUGGAUAUGAUUUUGAAAUAGAAUAUAACUGUUAAUUAGUAUAGAUAUAUAUAUGUAGAAUAGAAAAAAAAUAUGAUUCUUUAUUUUCAAAUAAUAAUAAAAUAAAAUAAAAAGAAUUAUAAUAAACUAUAUACAAAAAAAAACGAAGUAAAUAA